CGUCGUAUCUCACCAUGACUUCUCAAUCUCACUACAAAGGUAUCCCUUAUAGCCCGUCAAGACAGGAUGGCGAUCUGGUGAUCAAACCAAUAAGUCUUGAUAUCAUAUGGGGAAAAGACCCCCGCUAUUGGCGAUUACCGCAAAGCCAGACAGACUACGCCGAGCUUUUACAAGUGUGUUGGUUGGAAGUGAGUGGUUCGGUCGAACUUAAUCAGCUAAAUCCCGGGAAACAUAAGAUCAGCUUCGCUCUAAGCUUGAAGCCGGAUGCAUUCGGCUGGGCCGGCAGCCCCAUAUACCUAAUGGUUAAGGUCGGGAGUGGCGGAUUUAAAUGGAAGAGCUAUAAUUUGAGCACUAUGGGUCCCACUGACAAGAAGAGAAUCCCAGAUGAUUUUUGUUUUGAAGUGGGGCAGAAUGAUACCUCAGGAGGUGAGAAGCUCCACUUCGGCCUCUAUGAAAUAUGGAGGGGAAGAUGGAAGGGUGGCCUACUCAUCCAUGAAGUUGUCAUCUCAAAGGCAACAGGUUGAUUAUCUAUUUAUCUCUCUAUCUAUUAUUAAAGUGAAGGAUUUGGGUUUAUGAUAAUAAUAAUGAUUAGAACAUCUCUAAUAAGAUUGUGUGGCUUAUAUGCUACAUUCCCAUGUUGUCACUGAUGGCUAGAGAAGGAUUGAUGUGGAAUCCUUCCACAAUAAGCAGUUUGGAUGGUUUGGAGAUGGCUUUAAUGGUUUGACAAUUUUAAUUUCAGUUUUAUGUAUUUUUAAAUAUGAUAAGUGUUUCAGGAUCUUUCACUUUGAAUGUUGUUUAACUUUUUAAAAUAGAGUGGUAUAAUUUUAAUUUUCCAA